AUGUGUGCCGACAAGCUUGCUAAAGCUUGGUGCCUCAUCCCUCCUUUAAUUUAUGCAGCUAUUCUGGAUUCUUGUCUCACACCUGAUGUUAUUGGAACUAUGGAGAACCAUAGUUGUGAGGAGAAUACGAGCAAGCAAAGCAUGGCUUUUGUGAGCCUAAAGGAGGUGGUUGAAAACCAGAAACAGAAAAUUAUUGAUGUGGAGGAUAAUAAUCUUUUGAAAGCUGACUGCAAGAGCGAACUCAACAAAUCCUUAAAAAUUGUUAUGAAGAUGGUUAAGAAGGAAGCUAUGCUGGAUAAGGAAUGUCAGAAAGAACUAAAACAGAUUAAAGUUCUGAACUCUAAAAUGAGUCGUGACAUUGAAUGUAUUAAGAAAGAGAACGAGAAGAUUACAAAGGAACUUGAAGAGAGCAAAGCACUGCAAAAAAAAUUUACACAGCAAAAUGGGCUGAUCAUGAAGGAAUUAGGAGAAAGUAGAGCACUCAAUGAUAUGCAACAUAAAAAUUUCACUGAAGAGAUUCGAAAGGUGGCUCUGAAGCUAAAGAAAGAUAAUAAUGUUUCAGCAUUGGAUAAAGAACUAAAGGUUGAAAAUGAACGACUCAAUGCCAAAGUGAUUCAGCUGGAAAAACAAUUAGAAAGCAUUCAAGAGCUAGAAUUGGAGAAUCAACAACUUAAAGAGAAAUUAGAUGUGAUGAAGCACAUGGAAGAUGAAUUUCUGAAUAUGGUUGGUGCUUUACAUAUGAAUGUAGUGGAAAAGGAGCGGUCACUUAGAGACUCAGAAGAUUUCAACCAGUCACUGAUCAUUAAAGAGCGUGAGAUCAAUGAUGAGCUUCAAAAAGCUCGAAAGACAUUGAUUAAGGGCAUUGCGGAGAUAUCAAGUCUUGAUGGCAAUAUUGAUGUGAAACAAAUGGGACAAAUAGACACAGAGCCUUUUGUUAAGGCUUUGACAGGGAGGAGAAGAUAUAAUAAAGAGGAAGCAGAGCAAAUAGCUUUGGAGACAUGUUCAUUAUGGCAAAAGGAUCUGGGAGACCCCCAUUGGUAUCCAUUCAAAAUAGUCACAAUUGGUGGGAAAUCAAAGGAAAUUAUAAAUGACGAAGAUGGAAGGCUAAAAAGAUUGAAAAAGGAAAUGGGUGUUGGAGCAUAUAAAGCGGUCGUGGCAGCUCUGAUAGAAAUGAAUGAAUACAAUCCAAGUGGGAGGUUCAUGAUGACGACCCAUAUUCUUGAGGAGGCUAUGAGUAAGCAGAGCAAUACUUUUGUUAGCCUUAAGGAGGAAAUUGAAGGCCAGAAACAGAAAAUUAUUGGUGUGGAACAUAAGAAUAUUGAGAAAGAUGUUUGUAUGAAAAAACUCAAUGAAUCUUUGAACAUGGUUCAAAAUGAACAAUUUAACGCGAAAGUAGUUCAGCUGGAAAAUCAAAUACAAUGCAAUCAAAAGCUGGAAUGGGAGAAUCAGCAACUUAAAGGGAAAGCUAUGAAGCUACAAGAAGAGUUACAGGUUCAAAAUCAAAAGCUCAAUUCGAAAGUAGUUCAGCUGGAAAAUCAAAUACAGUGUAAUCAAAAGCUGGAAUUGGAGAAUCAGCAACUUAAAGGGAAGUUAGCUAGACGUAAUGAAGCUCAUGGAAGAUGA